AAUUUUUUCACUUAGCAAACAGCAGCGCGACAGUCUCACUUGAUAUCUGAAAGUAAAUUCAGUGCGCAGCCUUUUACUUGUGCUUUCAUUGACCUUUUUUCUAAUUAAAAAUAAUUGAACCAACAUGGGAUCAACGGACACACUGGUGGAAAUUAAAGAAGAAAAUAUCCCGCAUUUGCAGGAAGUGCUCAAAAGCCUCUUGCCUGACACGGUCAUGCAAUAUUACUGGAUUUUGACUCAUUUAGAGUGGAAAAAGGAAAUUCCGAAACUGCAAAUAAAAAUUCUGUGUUUGAACGGAGACUGGAAUGAAAAAACGGUGAUCUGUUUGGCCGACGGAUUGGCCGUGCCUGAUAAAAUUUACGGAGUCAUGUACGCGCCGGAGGAGAAACUGGACCGCUUGAAAUCCGCUCUGCUCACCACUGACUUGAUCGAGUGGCCCCGAUUGAAGCAGUUCUCCGCCUGCCUUCUGCGACUGGUGCCAAUGAUGGCCCAAGUUUUCAAGGAAAAGGGCUACCAGCACAAUGAGGACGAAUUCACCUACACUGGUUAUCAAUAUUAUAUGCCCGUGGAAGAGGCCAAAAAAUUUCCAUUGCCAACGCUUCCUGAAAACGUGCGGGUGGGUUCAUUGGACGGAUCGUUCCUGGACGUCUUUUGCUCCCACUGGCGGCACUACGACCCUGAGUACAGACCUGUCGUUCAAAAAAUGCUCGAACUCAACCUUUCCGUAGGCGUUUUUGUGAAAAAUGAACGAGGCGAGGAAGAAUUGGCAUCGAUGGUGCUGCAGUCAGAGUACGGCGGAGUUGGACUUUUGCAGACGGUGCCUGAAUUCAGACGCAAAGGGUACGCGGAAAUCGCCUUAGCGCACCUCACCAAGCAGCUCGGCCUCAAAGGCUUCAUGCCCUUCACCAAUGUGCUCAAAUGGAACGAGGCCGCAAACAAACUUUUCAAAAAAUUCGGAUACAAGUUGGUCGAUCGAGGAUCGUGGAUCAUUGCCAACAAGCUGCCCGAGUAAAUUUUGUGUGACAAAAAUAAUAAUAAACAGACGGGGGAGGACAAGUAUUUUCAAUAAAUAUUUUUUAAUCUUACCA